AGCUGUCUCAUCACCAUGGCGGAGAGAGGGACGUGUCACCUACCCCUGGCGUUCAUACCUGACGGAGCCCUGGCAAUUGUGUUCUCCUUUCUAGCUGUCAACGAUUUGCUCUCUGCGAACAAGGUGUGCCGAGAUUGGGUAUUGGAUGGAACAAGGGUGAACCUGUGGGCUUCGCUCGGCAAGAUCUUUGAAGUGACGAUGCCCGUCUCCCUAGGGCCUCAGACUAGCCAACGAGCGGCCGGUUCUAAUGGAGCUACCGCAGGUGGAGGUAGAGGGAAACGCGUAUUAAGAUCCGGCGCUAACGCGAAGCGGACGUUCUUGAAGUCUUACGCCGCGGCAGUCAAGAGCGACAGGCUAAAGCACGACUCGACUCUGUCGGAGGCCUACACCCUCUUCCGCAUGAAAGACUCCGUGAUGAGGCUGCGCACUCUGCUGCGUCGCAGGUGGGGUCUAACUUUCCACCCCUCCUCGAAGCCCGACCAAAACAAGAGGAUCGAGAACUGCGAAAGCAGCAGCGGCAGCAGCAGCAGCAACAGCAACAGCAACAGCAGUAGCGGGGAACUUGGCCUUUUUAUUCCCACGGCGACUGCAACGAGCAGCUACCUUUCUGGAACAGUGGCAACUCUCAAAGCCCGCACCAAUGCCGAGUCUGACAAAGACAAAGCGAGGGGCACGUGGAGCGGAAAGGCGAGGUGGUCGUUCAACGUGGAUCACAGGCACGGAAUAUUCGAGGGAAACACUCUUCUAAACUUCGCUGGUGAGUAA